CUCAUUCUUCAGCUAAAAAAGGGGCAGGCGUCGUUAAGCAGAGGGUACUUACAUUUUUGUCGUUCUUCCUGUCAUUUAGGAUAUUAGUUACAUAAUGUGGUGGCAUCGGUAAGCUGUUAGCUGAAGUCUGUUUACAUUUUAAAAACAAGGUUUGAUCUCUCACGCCUGUUACAGAUUUUUACUUUGGAGUUGACAAUAUUGAAAAAAAAUGGCAUUCAGUAGAGUUUACAUUAGCAUAGGGUACGCUACCUUUGGCACCCUGGUUGGAUUUUCUGCUUUCUUGAUCUGGAAUAUUGCAUACAAACAGCCAUGGACAGCUGCGAUGGGAGGCCUGUCAGGAGUGUUGGCGCUCUGGGCUCUUGUCACACACGUCAUGUACCUGCAGGACUUCUGGCGCACCUGGCUCAAAGGCCUCAAGUUCUUCAUCGCCGUUGGCAUGCUCUUCUCAGUGGUGGCAGUGGCCGCCAUCGUCACCUUCCUAGCUCUAGCCAUCACACUCGAGCAAUCUCCCACAGACCCAAAGAGCCUCUACCUGGCCUGUGUGUGGAGCUUCCUGUCUCUGAAGUGGUCCUUCCUCUUGGCUCUAUACUCCCACAGAUAUCGUCAGGAGUUUGCAGACAUCAGCAUCCUCAGCGAUUUUUAAGUCGGUGCUGAUUUUCCACACUGAACGGACUUUGAGGGUUUUAAGCUGCCGGCUGGAGCUGCUGAACGAGCUUUGGUAACAAAGAGGAGGAGAAGCAGAUACGGCUAGAUUAAAAAGUCAGCAGACUUUUACCACAUGGAGUUGCACUUGUAUUUGUAUUGUCACCUGUUCAGCUACUUUAAAUGACCCACAUUGUGUUUCUGUAAGUCGAGACUGUGAGCAGUCGAAAACAUCUGCUGCUUUUGAGGAAACAAAAUGAUUUAUGGAGAGACACAGAGAGGUGUUGUUUCAAACAGGUUUUAUCUUGUUCUUUUUUUUUUUGUAAACUAACACUUACAAGGAAAUAACUGUAACAGGCUUUUAAUCUAAUGAUAGGUUGUCAAAGUGAACGCUGAAAUCUUUAGAAACCAAAAUUGAAACCUUCCUUCCCGAAGCGUUAUUUAGACGAUGCUAGGUAGACCAAGUUUAUUGAGGUGCUUGAAUGUUUUUACCCAAAUGACCUUUUUCAUAGUUGCAGUUUUCAAUCCCACAAUAGUCUCAUCUCUAGACACUCGCUGUCGUACUUUUGUCGGUUUUAAAUCAGUCUCUAAGCUCCCUUUAAUGUCUUGAUGCACUUUGAGAAUUAUUAUUAUUUUUUAAUUAUUUGUUAUUUCACCUUUCCUAUUCUCCUCAUGCUUUUACUCUUCAGACAAACUGAAGAGAAAGGCUGUCCUGUAGAAGUUGUGCUGUUUCUGUUUUGUACCACUAGGGGGAGUCCUGCUUUGUUCUGUCAAGAAAGACUCCAUUUAAAAGUUUGAACAGUCCUCCAAAGCAAAAAGAAGAAAUGGAUUUGAUGAAUAAAUGCACUUUAGUCUUUGAUAAUGACACCCUUGUUUUGCACACAAAUCCUGUUACAAAGGGGGUGGGGUUCAUGUCCUUUCACUUCUUGUCAUCUUUUUCUUACCCUUUUUAAUAAUGUAAUGCACUAUUCAUGUGUAACAUUGAUUUUACUGUUAGUGUUGUUUAUGUGCGUCGAGAUAGAGUAGGCUUACUGAGCUCGUUGUAGCUGCUGCUUAUGUCGACCUUUUUACCAUGAAACAUGUUCAAUUGAUUUUUGUCCAUGAUGAGAGAAUGAAUGUUUGGAUGCUACAUGUAUAUAAAAACUGAUCCCAUUAAAGUUCAAUUGAUUGUUAAAUA